AUGUCUUGGUACAAGUUGAUUGGAUGGUCAAACCUUGUAGCAGAUCAGUGGAAGCAGUACGGAACAGUCGAGAUUCAAAUCCGACAGAAACGACUUGCAAAACUGGGUGGUGCUGGAAACAAACCUACUGGUGCUGGAAGCAAACCUGCUAGUGCCAACAGCAGUCCCAUCAACACCAACAUUCAACCUACUGGAAAAUCUACUUCUGUGUCCAUGUCCGCAUCUGUUGAUGCUGUUGGUGGUUUAUCUGAUGCAAGGUCUCGCUUCGCAUCUGCUCCCACAACUCCAGCUGUUACCACGACUCCAGUUGCUACCAAGUCAUCAACUCUUGCAGAAAUUGCUGUAAAUACCCAAAGCACGGCCUUGGAUAACUUUCUUAAUCUUACCAAUGAAGAUUGGCUAGAUAGAUCGCUUGGCUCCAUCUUGCAGAUUUCUCUCAAAACUCCUGCUCCAAAUGGUCUCAUGUAUCUCCAGGAAGUUGUUGAUGAAUUAAAAGGCGAAUCUAUACCACUGGUGUUUACGACAGAUAUGAUUGAAAGAGUCAUUUAUGUUCGCCUUCAAAUUCCAGCAAAUUCUGAUCCCACGAUGCCUGCUUUAUUCGAUUAUCUCUGCGGUGUUUGGACUCGUGCCAACUCCACACGUCAGACAUUAAAACAGUUUUUGGCUUUGGCUACAGAAAAUCCAACGGCUGCAUCCAAGGCUUGUGUGUGUGACACUGCUAUUGCUUUACUACAAUCUCUUGCUGUCAAUUAUGCUGGCCUUGUUCUUAACCCCGAUAUGCUUGACAAUUUCCCCUUAAACCAUGACUGGGGUUCUGGAUUUCUUGGUUACAAGUUGCUUGAAUCACACGAUCCAACAAGUGUUUAUCCACGCGAGUUUAUUACAGAAUUUAUUACUCGCUUUGAGGAUGACGGACUGGAGGAUAUAUUAGGAUAUACCAUCAAGAGUGUCGUUACCAGCAUGCGAACAAAAUCAAUCAUAAAGCAAUACAUUCAACCCAUUCGUGUAUUUCAGUACUUGGUGUCAUUUAAACCUAUUGCAAAUCUGGUGACACAGCUGUCCGAUUGGAACCCAGACUUUGUCAAUGCACGCACAGUAGAAGUCAUGUCAAUAUUGGGCCCUUUUUUAAGCAGAACAGGUAUUUUUCCCGACUCAGAUCCCGAAAUUGCUGCAAAGUAUUUUUCAAGUUCAAAUCCAUUUGGAGAGGAUAUGACAGACCAGCGUGGAAACUCCAUUGGUGCAAGAAACAACGCAGAUGUAAAGACUGCCAUGAAUGGAUUACGUGAUGCUUCCCAGCUAGUUCAUACCGAUUUAUUCAAUAUUGUUAUUGCAAUUAUCAAGGCUGGGCCCACUUCUAGAGAAUGCGUACUAGCGUUUAUCUCCCAUGUAGUUAAACUUAAUAUCAGUCGUGGUAAACUACAAGUAGAUAGGCGUCAAGUGUCAACUGAUGGGUUUAUGCACAAUCUUCUUCAUGUUUGUCUAAGACUGUGUGACCCUAUCAUGGAUGCAAGGUUCAGCAAGAUUGCUUUAAUUGAUUUAAACUAUCCAACAUAUACUACCAGACUAGAUUUUAAUGACGUUACUCGUAUUCUUGUCGACAAGGAUGCAGUGGAUGUGCACGUUGAUCAAUGGAAAGCUACACACAACUCAGAAACUAACCCCCAGCCUCCAGUAAAUUUUGUUACUGAUAUCUUUUACCUCACACUUGCUAUGCAUCAUUAUGGAGUAUUGAGCACAAUUCGCUAUUAUUCUGGGUUUAUCAAGGAACUGAAUGAGAUGCGCAAGCAAGCCAACAAAUACAAAGCAGUUAGAGAUUCAGGUGCGUGGAAUCUUUUACAACCAUUUGUACGCAAUGCAAACGAAGAAGGACUUCGACGUCUCCAGAACGAAGUAGAUAAGCUUGUUGGAGUCAAACUGACUAUGGAUGCAGGACUUAUGAGUCCAUCGGCUUUGGACUACACUCUGAGAUUAUAUAAUCUUACCAUGAUGGUUUUAAUUCGUGCUGCAAGUGGCAUGACUGAAACAACAUGUAGUGUUGCGUGGGAUCAAGUCGCGUGUGGCAAUAUUGAUGGAGUGCAACUUUUUCCUCUGCCGGCUACUCCACCCAUUGAGUUUGCAGUGUUGCCUGAAUGGAUCAUUGAAGAUAUUUGUGAAUUUUAUUUAUUCAUCAUGAACAACAAUCCAGUUAUUCUUGAAAACCGUAUAUGCGAUGAAAUCAUAACAUUUAGCAUGGUAUUUUUGUCCAAUCCAAAUUACAUCAGGAAUCCAUAUCUCAAAAGCAAACUUGUCGAGAUUCUAUUCUAUUUCACUAUUCCGUUGUAUCGUACUUCGAAUGGCGAAACUCGCGGUCGCAUGGAUGGCGUAUUUUCAACGCAUACAUUAGCUCGUGCGCAUCUAGUGCGAUCGACACUUGGAUUCUAUGUUGAUGUUGAACAAACUGGAAUGCAUUCUCAGUUUUAUGACAAGUUCAAUAUUAGAUAUAAUAUUUCGCAGAUUAUCAAAAGUGUAUGGACCGAUCCUGUUCAUCGAACCGCACUUGUUCAAGCUAGCAGAGACAAGGAUUUCUUUGUUAAAUUUGUAGCACUUCUCAUGAACGACACAACCUAUUUACUAGAUGAAGGUCUGUCAAAGCUUAAAGAAAUAGGCGGAUUACAGACCGAGCUAGCUGUCCCGUUGCCUGAGAAUUCCAGCGAUGAAGACAAGCAAAGACGAAAAGAGCGUGAAGGUUUAUUAGCUCAACAUGAGCGUCAGGCACUGUCUUAUGUAUCUCUUUCCAACGAAACUGUUCAUAUGCUGCAGUAUAUGACCAGUCAUUCUGACAUCAUUGAGCCCUUUAUGGCUACCGAGAUUGUUGAGCGACUUGCAGCUAUGCUUGAUUUCAAUCUUGUAGCAUUGGCUGGACCUCGAUGUACAGAGUUGAAGGUCACUAAUCCAGAAAAGUAUCGGUUUGAUCCAAAGCGACUUUUGAGUGACUUGGUUGGUAUUUUUGUUCAUUUGGCGCAUCGAACAGAAUUUGUGGCUGCUGUUGCAAAAGAUGGUCGAUCCUACUCAAAGGAAGUGUUUGAUCGCGCCUCAUCGAUUCUUUCUCGUCAUCGGCUACUGAAUGAGAUGGAUAUUGCUAAACUGAACGAGUUUGUUGGCAAAGUUGAGCAGACACUUUUAGCGGAUAAAAUUGAGGAGGAGGAGAUGGGUGAUGUUCCCGAUCAUUUCCUUGAUCCACUACUUUACACACUGAUGGAGGAUCCAGUGAUUCUGCCAUCAAGCGGAGUCACGAUUGACUUGUCGACCAUCAAAUCACACUUACUGUCGGAUGCACACGAUCCAUUUAAUCGACAACCACUUUCAAUCGAUCAAGUUAAGCCAGAUGUAGAGCUAAAGGAACAGAUUCAAAAAUGGAAGCAAGAAAAGCAAACUUAUAGGAAAACUGGAAAUAGUCCUUCAAUGGACACAUCCCUAUGAUAGAGCAGUUGUUAUUUUGUUGUAACAAUGAAUCCAUCUUUUUCUGAACAGUGCAAAAUGUAUCAAGCAAAUUUGAUCCAAGGUUAUCAAAAGCCAUUUAUUGCACAAAUAAACUAAAAUGACUUUG